UGGUCUCAGAUUCCCCCUGAAGUUAGUUAGUUAGUCACCAGCAGCUCAGCCUGGUGAGCGACACAGUUAACAACGGCAGAGUCUGCAGAGAAAAGACAACAUUUACAGAGAUUCAAUAAGAGGCAUCAGAUAUUAGAGCUCUUACCAGCCAUGGGAAGGAUCCUAAAUGUCAUUGUUCUCACAGGACUGUGCCAUCUGCCUUUCUGUGCCCUCCAGUACGUCUUAUACCCAGAGAACAAAACGUGGCAGGAGGCGCAGAGCUUCUGCAGAGAGCACUGUGUCGACUUGGGCUCGUUCAAGUUCCUGGGCGAUAUGAAGCACAUACUUGCCUCUUUAAAGGACCAUUACCUUGAUGCCGCGUGGUUUGGGCUCAUGAAGGGGGACACCAUGAACUGGCACUGGUCGAUCGGGGACAGAUACUUCUACAGGGAGGGAGAGAAAGAUUAUGUGAGCCCUGGUGAGCAGGAUCUGAAUUAUUACUGUAGAGUUUCAGACGGUUCCACGGUGCACGGACACCCUUGUGAUGCAGCCCACUACUCAAUCUGCUACAAUGCAACAAAAAUUGGUGACGAUCGGUACGUUCUGCACACAGAGGAGCUGUCUUGGAACGACGCUCUAGAUUACUGCAGACGCCACUCCUCCGACCUGACCAGUGUAAGGAAUACUGCUGAGCAUAAUGCUAUCCAGAAUAAAGCUGCAGGCAAUAUCGUGUGGAUCGGCUCCUUCAAGGAUCCCUGGACUUGGUCGGACCAGAAUUCCUACUCGGUGAGAGACUGGGUGGAUGGGAAAGCAGUUUUCAGUGAGGACGACGAGAGCUGCGUGGCUGUGAUCAAGAGUGAAUCUGGUAGAUGGGCACACCGGGACUGUGCAGAAAAACAUCGCUUCAUCUGUAACUGCACGGAAACAGGUUCAGAGGAAACCACAGAGGAAACCGCAGAGGAAUUCACAGGAAAUCAGAGGUUCAUCAUAGUGAGGAUAAAUGGACAAGACUCAACUAUGAAUCUUAGUGACUCUGCAGUGCAAGACAGCAUCUUGGAGCAGAUGAAGGUUCAUGGGGCUGGAGGAUGGAAGUUACGAUGGAAAAAGCAACCUGAUGGAAACGUUUUUGUCAAGGAAACUCUCUGAGAAACUAAUCUAAAUUUGAGGGGUGUUAACCCAUGAAGCUUCAUUACAGCUUAUAAUAACUAUAACCAGUACUCGAGUUGUAAAAAUAAAUCAGGGGGGAAGGUGGAUUUGAUCAUAUGGGGACAGAUAAUUUGUGCUGAUUACAAAUAAUAUAAUAUAUUACAAAUAAUAGCAGUGACCAAAACAGCUGCAGAAAUACUGCAGGAAUGACAUAGCAGCAGUUAAAUGCAGCCUUCUGUAAGCUUUAAAGGGGACAUGUUAUGGCAUUUAAUGUAUAUUUUAAAAAGGCCUUGAAUGUCUUAAAAACAAUGUAAAGCUUGUUUUUUCUACCUAAAUCAGAAAUUCAGCCUGUGGGCCAUGUCUAUAGUUUUACCGCUUCUAAAGCCUUUUUCUGUGCUUCAUUCUGAGGGGGCGGGGCUAUAAUAAUGAGGCUCUGCGCUGAUUGGCUGCUUGAAUGACGUGUAGCAGGGGAGGAGACAAAGCGUCGCUCCGGGCAGAAGAGCAGCGGCUGCGUAGCAAAGCGUGUCCACGGUUCUGCGUUAAAUUGACACGUACCCUACGCCGUAGGCUCUGCGUUGGUGUAACGCGGAACCAUAAAUCCGCCUUUAGUCACCUCGUCUUCACACAGGAAGAUUGAAUUUAUAAAAUAACUGCAUUGGCUUCCAGUUGUUUUUAGGAUUGAUUUUAAAGUUCUUUUACUUGUUUAUAAAGCUCUGAAUGCUCUCGCGCCUCCCUACCUGCUGGACUGCCUCCCUAAAUAUGUCCCAACCCGCCCCCUCAGGUCUUCCACCGCUGACCUGCUCGUUGUGCCCCGAAAAAUGACAACUAAAAAAUAUGCUAAAGCGGCCUUCUGCUUUUACAGCUCAACUGCGUGGAACAAACUCCCACUGUAUCUCCGACAGGCAGCCUCUGUGGACAUUUUUAAAGCACAGCUGAAGACAUACUUUUACACACUUGCUUUUAAUUGAUCUUUUAAAUUAUUUUAAAAUACUGUCUGUAUUUUGAUUAUUUUAAUCGAUCUUUUGGGUUAUGUGUUGGUUAUGUCCUCACUAUGCUGCUUUACUGCUAUUGUUUUUGCUUCCACUUUGCUGCUUUGAUUUUUGUUUUAUGCCCUCUAUUUCUAUGUUAUGUUU